CGUUGUUACUUUCCUGUUGAUGAAAUACUCCGACGAUUAAUCACUAGAUCGGAGAAGGAGAACAAUCGUUUGUGCAUAAAAUCCAUGAAAUAACUGAUUAAAUAGAAACAAAGAUUCAGAAUCAAAUUUCUUUUGGAAUAAAAAUGGUGAAAGGAAAAAUGAAUCCCCCUAGAAAAGAUGAUACAAUUACAGAUAACUACCAACAAACACGGCGUCUUGAAGCUCUUGAACUGCUUUGACAUGGAUUGUGAGACACCAUGUUCAUUCAAGUUUGCUGAUGAUAAGAUUAUAGAGUCUACACCGGCAAAGCUGGCUGGUAUAUUUUGCAUGCAGAGGAUUGGAAGCAGAAAGGGUCAGAAGCUGUUAAAGUACUAUUGUCCUAGUGAUUUGACUGACAAUGUUUUAUACAGCAAAUACUUCACCGAUAUCAAAUCUACAAAGCAUCAGACGACGGUGACUAAGACAAACAUUUUAGAGAAGAUAAAACAACUUAUGGCAAAAAGGAGAAAAAGUGGGAAAAGAAAGAAAGUUGAUGAAAAGGAUCUAGUUUGCCUGAUAGGUCUUUAUCUUUGCUGUGUAUUGUUUUUUGGCGACAAAAAUGCCAAUGGAGUGAACGCGAAAUAUCUUAGUAUCGUUGAAACUUAUGAUACGGUGCUCAAGGUGUCGUGGCCUGAUUUAAUACACGAGCACUUGUUUGAAGAGAUUCAUACUAAUCUUAGUUGUUUGUCAAAUGUGAAGGCUUGUGUGCAAUACCUACUGUUAUUGUUUGCUGAACACACGCCAGCAGGAUUAAUCCCGAAAGUUGAGAACCACGAGGAAGAUAUCCCGAGGGUUGGGAGAUGGGAUAUAUACCAGAUUUCUGAUUACAUUUGGAAAACAGACAUGACACAGUUUUCGCCAACUCCUAGCUUUGUGGCUGAGUUUUCACAGCUUGAGAAGCAGCUGGGUAUAUCAACCGUGGUACCCAGCAAGGACGACCUGCAAAGUUGGCUGAAAGCGCAAACUAUUGAGAAUAGCCAUCUGAAAGAGCAACUGCAAGAAAAGCAAGCAAUGCUUAAAGCAGUGUAUGCAAUUGCAAGAGAAGGGAUAUCAUAA